UGCUGUAAUUACAUGCGUUUUUUUAAAUAAGCAAAAGUAAACAAAAGAAGAACGAUACGUCCCAUAACUGAAACUUUUUCAAAAUGGGAACCAGCCGGCACGUGGCGGCCAUUUUGUUUUUUAUCUGUGCUUGUUGGGCUUGUGAUGACGACGAUGUGGCGGCGUAUAGAGUGACCGUUCGUACACUGUGGAGCGAGCACACGUUUCCUAAGGAUUAUCCCGACAACUGGCCUAAGGCGCAAUGGUCUCCCGUGUUUGGCCAAUCCCACAGCGCGCCCUACACACUGUUCCGCGUAGGCGACACCGCCCGCCCGCCAGUCCGCCAGUUCGCCCAGUUCGGCAAACUGGACGCACUGGUCGAGGAAGGCGACGACGAGCCGCGAGUGUACGACCAGUUCUCAUCGCCGAGGAUAGCGGCCGGCGUGGGAGACACGGAGAACACGGUGCUUGUUGAUGCUGAACACAGUAUGGUGUCGCUGAUGUCCCGCAUUAUACCGUCUCCGGAUUGGUUCAUUGGAGUAGACAGCCUCAACCUCUGUGUCGACUCAUCAUGGGUAGACCAAAUCACCUUAGAUUUGUACCCAUUGGACGUCGGAGCAGCCCAGGGCCUGACGUUCACCGCUCCUCGCUGGGACAAUGACCCUCCAGAGCCUGUCUUCAAGCACAGGCCUCGCUACCCCAACCAUCCGGCGUCUGGCUUCUACUACCCCUCACUAAGGGAACUUCCUGCUAUUGCUAAAGUGGAAUUUACUAAGAUUAAAGCGUAUUCUACGAUCGAUAUAAACAAUUUAGUCCGGAAGGAAUUCAUCAAUAAAUUACGUAAGAAGAACGAUCGUAAAGGGCAUCCGAAACUCAGGGCGUUCAUUGCAGACUCGGAAGAAAUGGCGACAAAGAACCCAGUGGAGGAGCUUAUGGAUUUGGAAGAAGAGCCGUUUGGUACACCGGCACCUGACUUGCCCGAGAAUCAUGUUGUCAUUGUAACUCAAGCACCAACUACAACCACGACAACAGAGGCAGAGUUUGGUAGCGACCUUAGGAACAUGGACGAUGUGGUGCUGGCUGUAGCUCAGGGCCACAGGAUGGGCCUGGGCAAGCGUUUGCCCCGUCACUUCAGGUCCCGUCUGCACCACGCAGUUAACAAGAUACAGCCUGACGACUGCCUAGUAUCCAGAUGGAGCGAAUGGACACCAUGUUCGACAACCUGCGGCUACGGUGACAAAUUCCGGACGAGAACGGUUGUGCGAGCGAGACAGAACGAGGGCCGCGACUGUCCCCCUCUGAAGGAGCGUCAGCAUUGCGGUCGCGUCAAUUCUUGUUCGAAAAUGCAAUAUUUUGGUAGGAUGAAUGUUUAGAGAAUAAAUAUCUUUGAUAUAGC